AUGGAGGCUGUGGCGCGCUCGUGCGGCAAGGUGGCACCUGGGGCCGACGACGAAGGCGGCGACGAUGCGUGCGCUGACGAGGUCGGCGUCGAGGCUCGUGCGGGCUCGUGCGGCGGGCCGGCACCGCGGGACGACCAGCGACGCGGUGCGACGCAUCGUCCGCCAGCGAAGGUGCAGCGUCCAGGAACGCAGGCUACCCGAAUCAGCCAGCUGGAGCGUGACUUGGGAUGCUUGACUGAUGAACAUGAUGGUCUCAAGCACGCGCACGAAGUCUACAAAUCCAAUGCAACCACCAUGAUUGACGAGAAGAAUCACCACAUUUCUGACCUACAGGACAAGGUUCGUACUCUGGAGAAACAGGUCGCAAAGAAUCUGGACGAGCCACAGCAACAUUUCUUCGAGGUAAAGACAUCCUGGUGUGACAAAAUCAACACCCUUGAAGCUCAGGUCUUCAACCUGAACCGAAAGGUGGCCGCGGACUCACUGGAGUGCAGUCGCAUGGAGAGGCUGCUUGCAGAUGCUCAGCAGCGCCUCAAGAAUCAGCAGCAGCAGCGUGCCAAGUUCGAGGAGCAGUUGCUGGAGAGGGACACUGAACUGGCAAACGUGCGGCGUAGCCACGAAGAAGAGCUCCAGCGACAGCGUGCACACCAGGACUAUCAGCUGGACGAGCUGCGGAUGCAGGCGUCUGACCUCCGUACGCAGCUUUACCAGGCCCAGGAGGACUGCGACCGAGAAUUCAGUCGAGCGCAUGCACUAACUGCGGAACUCAACAAAAAGGAAGCCGAGUGCAAGGAGAACCAGGAGCGGAUCCAAGGGCUCGAGGCCGGCCAGAAUACUAUGUUGGCAAAAGUCUCCGAACUGGAGAAGCAGCUCCGUGUUGUGUCGCACACCCUCAAGGAGAACGAGACUGAACAAAAGACCACGAAGGAAGAGCUUGCGAAGCUCAAACAGGUGCUGGUCGUGGCCGAGAUGAAGAACGGGCGACUGAAGGCGGGGCUUGAGGCAAGGCAGCAGCAAGCGGUCAAACAAUCCAAACUGGCAGAAGAGGGGACGCAGCUGCAGGAAUCCGUGGAGAGGGUGAUAGCAAAGGCGGAGCAGUUGGAGGAAGCUACGGCCAACGCGAGCAAAUGCAUCAGGGUGUCUGACCUGGCGUGCAAGGUGGCUGUCCUCGAGGACCACAGCUGCGUCGAGAGAGAGUACGGAAAGCGAUCAGGUACCGACAUCAGCGAGGACAGAGAAGUGAGCGCCGGAGGCACUGGCCUCAAGCCUUCUAUGUGGUUGUCGCGACCCCAUGGCUUCCGAAGUCGCCAACGUUCGACUACUACCUGGAGGAGUGGCCGCCACCCGUACGGUAAUGGUCCGGACGGCUACAACGGCAAAAGCUGA